AUGCAUCGCACGCAUCCUAUUCCAGCUCGAGUGCUGCCGGUCAAUCCUGCGCUGGACAGCUCUGGCAAGAUAAAACCUCGAGUUGUAGUCCUAGGGUCAGGCUGGGGAGCAAUGACGGUUCUCAAGUCCAUCGAUCACUCCAAGUACGAAGUGGUUUGCGUGUCUCCCAACAGCUCUUUCAACAUGACGCCUUUGCUAGCUCAAGCAGCUGUAGGUUCCUUGGAUUUCAAAGCUACCAUGGAGUCUGUCAGGUCGUGCGGAUCCACGCAGCUAUACCACGCCUGGGCAGACGGCAUCGACACUACAGCCAAACAUUUGCUCCUAACUCCAGCUUAUCCCCCUGCUUUCAGAACCGCACCGCCCGCCACGCUGGGUCCGGACGACGCACCCAUGAGGAGCUUCCCGAAUGCUAGAGGCAGACAGUACUUGUUGCCGUACGACAAGCUGGUCAUCUCGGUUGGUGCUUAUAACCGGACAUUCAAGACUCCAGGUGUUCGAGAAAAUGCCUGGUUUCUGAAGGAUGUGCAAAAUGCUCGGUCGAUUCGAUGGCGGAUUCUGGAGGUGUUUGAGAUGGCUGAUCACCCAACCAUGAGCGACGAGCAGCGCAGGCAGCUGCUCAGUUUCAUCGUCGUUGGCGGAGGGCCGACCGGCUCAGAGUUUGCAGCAGAGCUGCACGAUCUAGUCAAGUCCGACUUGACGCGCAUCUUCCCUAAAGUGGCACCGUUGGCACAAAUCACUCUGAUUGACGCUUCCAGCGGUAUCCUCUCUUCCUUCGAUGCUAGUCUCUCGACCUAUGCCAGGCAGAAAUUCAAGAGGGAUGGGAUCAAGAUUUUGCUCGAAAGGCAGGUCAAAAGAGUGGACAGGGGCAGACUCGUCGUCGAGCCUGAUGGCGAGAUCCCUUUUGGUCUGCUUGUUUGGUCAACGGGUGUUUGCAGCACACCGCUCGUCAAGUCCAUAACCUGCAUCAAGAAAGACGAGCGCAACUCGUUCUUGUACACCAACGAGCACUUACACGCGCUCGCUUCACAGGGUGAAGUCGAGGCCACUAGCAGCUCCGAAGCAACCCCAAGCGCGCCCAAAGUCUUAUCGGAUGUGUAUGCGAUUGGGGAUUGUGCGCAAAUCGAUGGGGUUCCUCUACCCGCUACCGCACAAGUAGCGGCUCAGAAGGGCAAGUACGUAGCUUCCGUACUGAACGGCAAAAUCUCACCCGAGACCAAAUUCACCUUCAAGAAUAUGGGCCAGAUGGCCGCUCUGGGCGGUGGAAAAGCAAUCGUGGAUUCUCCGCAAGCCAAGAUCCAUGGGCGAUGGGCUUGGAUUAUUUGGAGAAGCGCUUAUACCUUUAUGAGCUUGAGCAACAGGAACAGAAUCCUCGUACCUUUCUUUUGGGCCGUCAAUCGAAUCUUUGGAAGGGACCUCAACAGAUUCUAGAGGCGAAGCUGUUCUUUAUGGCCCCUCGAACGACUUCUUUUUUUUUGCGACUGCCACGACGGUCUUGAGGGUUGCCUAUCCACUUUACAGCACCUCCCUAACAAUCUCGAGCAAAGCACCUCACAAUCUCAAUCACUCGGUUACAUCACAAACUUAGACAGGACACUCACGAAAGCAGUCGUAUGGACAAUACAAGUCUGCUGCGCUACGUUUCGAGUGAAUCGCGUGCGCAUGCUCAGAUGUCAAAGGUUCAAUGUAGCAAGACAGGCUAUUGUGAAGUGCAACGAUGGGCGAAGUCCAUGUUGAUCUGCACGAUCGUAACACAAUUCAGCAUGUCUU